AUGGCUCCUGCGAACCUCUCCCGGGUCACCGAGUUUGUUCUCGCAGGUGUCUCGGGCCGCCCGGAGCUCCGGGUGCCCCUGUUCCUUGUCUUCCUGGCCAUCUACGGGCUGACGGUGACAGGGAACCUCAGCAUCAUCACGCUCACCUGCGUCGACUCCCGGCUUCGCACCCCCAUGUACUUUUUCCUCCAGCACUUGGCUCUCAUCAACCUCGGCAACUCGACUGUCAUUGCCCCUAAGAUGCUGAUCAACUUUUUCGUAGCGAAGAAAAGCAUCUCCUACUAUGAAUGCGCCGCCCAGCUGGGGGCGUUUUUGGUGUGCAUCGUGGCUGAGGUGUCCCUGCUGGCCGCGAUGGCCUACGACCGCUACGUGGCCAUCUGUAACCCCCUGCUCUACUUGGUGGCUUUAUCUCGCCACAAGUGCCUUCUGCUCGUAUCCCUCACCUACGUCUAUAGCUUGUCCACGGCUAUCGUGACGUCAUUGUCUGUAUUCUCUGUGUCCUACUGCUCUUGCAAUGUGAUCGAUCAUUUCUACUGUGACACUGUCCCUCUGCUAGCCUUGUCCUGCUCUGACACCUACCUCCCCAAGACAGUCAUUUUUGUAUCUGCAACUACAAAUUUGGUCUGCUCCAUGACUGUAGUGCUUGUAUCGUAUUUCAACAUCAUUCUGUCCGUUUUAAGUCUACGUUCAUCAGAAGGAAGGAAAAAGGCCUUCUCCACGUGUGCUUCGCACCUGGUGGCUGUCACCGUUUUCUAUGGGACGCUGCUGUUCAUGUAUUCGCAGCCUCGGGGCAACCAUUCGCUGGACACUGAUAAAAUGGCUUCUGUGUUUUAUACACUGGUGAUCCCCAUGCUGAACCCCAUGAUCUACAGCCUCAGGAGUAGGGACGUGAGGGCGGCCUCGGAGAGGUUGCUCACAAGCCUGUGCUGUUCCUUUAAAUCAAAAUAA